AUGAGACUCAUCGAUACCGAAACUCUGCAAUUCGUGGAGACAUUCGACGUGCAAGGCUCCGAGUAUGCCAUACUUUCACACCAUUGGCAGGCGGACGAGGUGUCUUACGAGGAGUAUGAGUUGACCCUCCGACCGCGGGAGAUGCUCACAGUCAAACUCGAGAGAAGUCGGGCUACCGGAAGAUCUUGGAAUUCUGUGCUUGGGCACGCCUACGUGGUCACCGAAAGGCCUGGAAUGCUACCUGCUGCAUCGACAAGCGGAGCAGUGCUGAACUUUCGGAGGCGAUUAACUCAAUUCGGGAUUGGAUUUCACGAUGACAACCAGCUACUAAGACACCAGCUUCGACAAAGCACUUGGUUCACCCGAUCUUGGAUUUUGCAGGAGUUACUCGCUCCCUAUGUAUUAGAAUUCUGCAACAGCGAAUGGGAAACAGUGCGACUACUAGACAAGCUCUUUUGUUUGCAUGCGAAGCAUCAAGACAAUAGCUCCCUGUCCGUAAACCCUACUGAGCAUUGGAUCGCCGAACUCCAAGCCAUUACAGGCAUCGACUGUAACAUAUUUCGUGGGGCCGAAGUCGCGACGGGUGCAAGCGUUGCACAAAAGAUGAGUUGGGCCGCACCUCGGACGGCAACAUGGGUGGAAGAUAUAGCGUACAGUCUGAUGGGACUUUUGCAGAUCAACAUCCCACUGCUUUACGGAGAGGGUGAAAAGGCAUUCACACGCCUGCAUUUGGAGGUUGUCAAGCAGAGUGACGAUCAAUCUAUCUUUGCAUGGCGAGCGCAGAAAACAGAUUGGCCUUGCCGGGCAGUUUCUCAUGAACGUUGCUGGGGUUUCGGCGUUUUGGCAACCUCGCCUCAGGACUUUGCUCACUCCGGAGCCGUAGUGGAUUACAGUGAUAUGGAGUUCUCGAUUGCUCCUCAGGAGCUUUUGGAUAUCGAGGUGCAACCCGCCUUCACAUUCACAGCCACUAACAGGGGUAUGGAACUGAAGAUCGAGGCCUACAAAGUCAUGGAACACGAUACCUCGAUUGUGUCAUCCCACUCAACUGCUGGGUUAAGAAUGGCGAGAUUUGGAAGCAGUGCAAGUUGGCAUGCGAUUAGAAUACUCAUUUCGGGUCUAAAUUUCAUGACGAGUUGGCGAAGGAUGUUCGCUAUCCCAAUCGCCGCAUAUACGCUUGCGAUCUCGGCAAAGUGA